UACAAAGCUCUCGCUUUGCUGCAGAGCUGUUUAUGAUAAAGCAAGACAGCAAUGUUCUUUGGAUGGAAGGUGAUUACUGUUUGCUUUCUGCUUCUCUACAAUGCACCCAACUCUUCAACUGAUGCAUAUCUGCUGGCUGGGCAGUUGCCUGAUUUAUCGGUUCAACCUGGAUCUCUUGUCCCUGUAAAGACAAAUGACCCUGAAGUUCAAAGAGCUGCUAGGCUUGGGGUUUAUAAAUACAACAACAGAUCAAAUGAUCUCUUUUUGUUCAAAGAAUCUCACAUAAAUAAAGCCAUGAUGCAGAUUGUGAAAGGAGUGAAAUACAGACUGGGUGUCAAUAUCUGCCGGACUGUAUGCAGCAAAAGAAUACCACAUCCCAACUUGGACAGAUGUGAUUUCCAGAAGAACAAGACACUGAGAAAAAUAUUCACAUGCUAUUUUGAAAUCCGGCUUAUACCUUGGCAGCAGGAAGUCCAUGUCCCAGUCAUCUACUGCCACUAACCUCUCCCUAAUAAAGUCUAUAGAUGUUG